AUGUCUUUUGAAUGCAACGCAACUUGCAACGACACUCACUCAACCAACACUGCCGCGACUUGCAAAGAAGAAAGCUUCUGCGGAACAAAGACAACGGACUUCUCCAUCGAAGGCCUGCUAGGAAAGCGCGCGUCCGUCAAGUCUGGACCGGUCCGUCAAGUGUCAACGACAAACCCCACAGAAGACACGGAACCUUUGGUGACGUGCCGAGAGCUUCCAAGCUCUGAGCGAGAUGGGCUUAAAUGGCUGAGGUGCACCCGCUACGAACCGCCAAAACUGCCAAGUAAGUGGCGCAGAGAUGGCCCUAAACGACGCUAUCCAGACAGAAGUCCUCGCGUCCCUUUCACACCACGGCAGGUGUCUGCGCUGGAAGAACAUUUCCGAAACACCCGCUACCUCAGUGGAGCUCAAGUGAGGAAUCUCGCUCACCUCCUCUGCCUCACAGAAAUGAGGGUCAAAAUCUGGUUCCAAAACCGUAGAGCUCGGGAGAAGAGGGAACGAAGAUGCUUGGGACAAAUAGAAGAUUGCGCCACCGCUCCUCAAGAUCAUCUGCCACUGCUGACGGGCCACCGCCUAAUGGAAUCGUCUUCGUCGAGCACAUCAUUGCAGACGACGUCGAAAGCCUCGGACAUUCCAUAUUUGCUCAGGAUACCAAUUCCCACUCAUCACCCUCAGAUCCACAGCCAAGCGUCUAAUACGUCACUUCCUGGUACAACGACAUCUCCAUUACCGUCAUUUCCGUUUCAACAUCUGCAUUCCAUGUGCGCUAGGCUGAUGAAUAAUAAUUAAAACAAAAUUGGCUCUA